CCGCAAUCUCUACUUAAUUUCGUGGGAAUAGUUUUAUUUUACAUACAUUUAUCAACAUGUGAUCUACACCAAUAGGUAUUUUUUAUGAAUCAAACACUGAUAUAGUUCACUGCUUUAGAAGACCUCAUCAUGAACUUCUUGCAAACAAUGACGCUAAAAGAAGACUCCUGAAAUUACAUCAACAGCGGGACCAAAAAUCCUCAAAGAUCACUCACAUCAACAGCGAAAUUUUGUUGUAAAAAAAUAAGUAAUAAACUAAUGAUGAUAAUAACAUUAAAUAUAAUUUUUCAACCUUAAAUACAACAUCCCAUCUAAUGGUCUCAUGUGUAUACGACCGUAAGCCUAAAUCCCCCCCCCCCUUUUCCACAUGAUCGUAAAAGACACAUUUUAAAUGUUAAAUAUUCAGUAUAAUAUAUGGUAAAAGCAAUUAAAUAGAGACAGUUUUGAUGACUUAAUGAUUUAUAUAAGGUGAUACAUUUCCUGAAACUCGUUAAGCUACUCCUACUUUAUUUUUAAUGCAUUGAUUUUAAUUGUAAUUGAUUGUAUAUAAGCUAACCCAUUUAGCAGUAUACAUCGGGCUCGACAUUCAAAUUAUUCCUAAUAAUGCGAAGCGCGCCUUGAUUCGGAAGUAUCAUGAUCAUGCGGUUUUUCAAAUUGUGGAUUCUUUUGCUGUUCAGAUGGGUGUGCUGUACUAAAGCUGUCUUUUACUUUAACGCAUGUGAUUCAGAUGGAAAUUGUGACUGGUAUCCAAACAGCGUAUACUCCGGAUGUGUGGAUUGGAUUAUUUUACAUUUUUCCUAUUUUGACCUCUCAUCAUCGUUAGAUCUAACGUGCUCAACAGUUCAACAGAUACAGAUAGAGUCUAGCGACUGUAGCUGUGACAGUCUUAGGAGAGUGCUGAAAGGAGAUCACCUUCCCGAACUAAUCAUAGGACGCUCUGUGUGUGUACCCAUAACCGUCUCCAGAGAGUCAUCGACCUUGAUGGCGACUACGAGCAGACCUGCCGCUGGGGGUCAUGAAUCACAGGUGCCCAUAACAAGCUCAAGAGAGUCAUCGACCUUGAUGGUGACUAAGAUCGAACCUACCGCUGGGGGUCAUGAAUCGCAGAAAUCCACACCCUUCACUCCUCUCACCAGCCCCUCGGUCACAGGAUCAACAGAAAAGCUGCUGUUGACUACACAUCAAUCAUCUAAAGACUCGAAUGCCGAUGGAGGUACCCCUGUGAUGACCAUUCUCAUAAGUAAAUACUUAUCUAUUUCUUCUUUUUGUUUGUCUCUAUUUACAUUAUUUUUAACACUGACUAUUCUGAGAUUGUGUCAUAUCCAAAAAAAUCAAAAUCAGCCUCUAAGAAGUUCAAUAUAUACUGGAUCCAGAACAAACAUUUCACUUGAUUCUUUUGAUUCUGAAGGUUAUUUAAGACCACACACAGACAUUGAUAGCAUGUAUGAAGACAUUGUGUAAUUUUUGUUCUCAGUAAACUAAUUUGUGUAGUUACAACUUUUAACCUUAUAAUCAUAAACAUCCAAUAGAUGUUAUUAAGAUAGUUCUUCCAAUUCUUUUUCCAGUUGUCUGCACAGCAUUGAUUGUCUCCUUAAUACUGAUAUUAUUUAUAAUUACUUUAUUAUGGCUUAAAAAGAAAAGACAAGUUAAUUUGUUAUAUUCAAACCCUUGUGAUCAAUUUGAGAUGGAAAUUAGAGACAGUCAUUCAUGAACAGAAAUAAAAUUCAUUAAAAUUGAAGGACAUCUGACAAUAUGUGUUUAUAUUUCAAAAUAUAUAUGGUGACCGGGUUAUAUAUAGGAUAUAUAACUCUAUGUUAUUUUCUCUGCUUUCAGUAGUAUCAAUCUGCUUGAGUAGUCUAUCAAUUGGCAGCUUCUGCAUUUAUCUCAUCUGCAUGCUUAAAAAACAUAUAAUUAGGACAAGACUUCAGCAAGCACAUUUUGCCGAUGUAGAGGAGCAGUUCAAUGCACAAGAAUUGAGAAAUGAAAGUUUAUCUGAUGUAGAGGAGCAUUUCAAUGCACAAGAAUUGAGAAAUGAAAGUUUAUUGUGACUUUGUGUGUAUUCUUUGUAGGCGUAGUUGGCUUUCUCGCAUAUGUAAACAGACAACUUGACAUAAUAAGAAGAACACUUUUAGGUGUACAUGAUGUAUUAAGUAGAAUUUCUUUAUCAGUCGAACUUUUCCUGGGAAAAAUAAUAGCCAUGCUGCAACAAGUGCACCUCCAUAAUCAAGAUCGUGUAAAUGAAACUGUAAAUAAACAAACACAGGAACUUGAUAAUCAAAGAAGAUAUCCAGUUAGAAUUAGGAAAAAGACAGAUUUUUAUGGGGUGGCUAAAUAAUUUCUUAUCACUUGAUAUACCAAAGGCGUUUAAGUUUUUACUUCAGAUUUCAAGGUAACAUGUGUAACUAUUUUUUAAAAAAAGAAGGGGUGAGGGUGAUAGUUAAAUGUAUUAUUUACUAUUACUAUAAAUAAUCCUUUACAUAUUGAGUAGAGUAUUUUUCUUUAUUUUCAGUUGUCAUUGUUGUGUUCAUCACUUGCUUGGGUUUCAUUUUUAUAUAUUGCCGUUAUGAAAAUUACAAACGUCAGCAAAGAAACUUGAGGUUAAAUUGCUUAUAUUAUUACAUAGAGGACCCAACAGAAUUACAAAAUUACAUGGAAAGAAACAAUCUAGGCUUUGGUGAAGAGGUUACUACUUCUCUUUAAUGUGUCCUACUUCUCUGUGAUGUGCUUUUAGAGAUUUACAUAGAAAAUAUGAAGCUUAAAAAAUCGCAUGACUUCUUUGCUUUAAAUGUAUUCAUAGUCAUAGCAUAUCAUUCCUUUUAGAUGUCAAAAUAGGGAAUGACAUAAGUUGUAUGCUCGCUUUGCUUAAAAUAUAAGCAUAGAUCAUUGCACAUCAUUUCUUCUAAUUUUAAUUUUUUUUGUCUGCUUGCUGGUUACACAUUUUAUUGGUAAAAGUAACAAUAAUGUCAUUUUGAUUUAUUAUUGAUUUUAUCUGAAAAUGUUACUGUUGACUAAUUUAAGAAUCAUUUGAUGUACAUUAUUGAUUUAUAACUGAUUUGUUUACUUUUUUGGUGUUUACAAUUUAAGCUGUGAUUUUUAAAUUUGUUAUUGUCUCCUUUUACAAGAUAUAUGCCAUUUAAUUAUAUAUUGUACAAAUUAUGUACAUUGUAUUUUUCAAAUAGUCGUGUUUUUUUAUUUUAUUUUAAGCUGACAUGGUAUGUUAAAUGUUAACUGAUGUUUUUUCUUUACUUCAAACAGUUUUAUAUGUGAUUUAUGUUGGUUUUUUUUAACUCCUUUACAAAGAAAUGUGCCAAAUUAUUCCAAUCAUAUUUUAAUAGUUGUGUAUAUAUUGUGAUUUUUAUUGAUUUUAUUAUUUUAGUUGACAUGGUAUGUUAACAAAAUGAUUACUAAAUAAAUGUUUAAAUGAUAUAUUCUGUAUUUUGAAUUCUUGGACAUGUUAAAUACCUUCUGCAUUAUUAAUAGGACAUUUCCUUAACAAGAAAAAAAAAAAAAGUCAAAAAAAAACUAUUUCCACAAAGUCAUAAGGGUCAUAGACCUUUUGGUAGAGAGACAAUCCUGUGUUUUUGAAAUAUGUACUUCGAACCUGAUGUAUAUUGA